AAACCAGCAGUAAUGAGAAAUAGAACAUUAGUGACAGAGUUCAUCCUUCUUGGUCUAACAGAUGACCCAGAACUCCAGGUUGUGAUUUCCUGUUUUCUAUUCCUCACCUAUGUGCUGAGCAUUACUGGAAAUCUGACUAUCAUCACACUUACUUUGCUGGAUUGCCACCUAAAGACUCCCAUGUAUUUCUUUCUCAGGAAUUUCUCCAUCUUAGAAAUUUCAUUUACUUCUGUGUGUAACCCCAGAUUUUUGUACAGCAUUCUAACUGGGGACAAAUCUAUUUCCUAUAAUGCAUGUGUUGCUCAGGUAUUUUUCUUUAUUUUCCUUGGCUCAACAGAGUUUUUCCUUUUAGCUUCUAUGUCCUAUGAUCGCUAUGUGGCUAUUUGUAAGCCACUACACUAUACAACCAUCAUCAGUAACAAGAUCUGUUACCAACUGAUUGUCAGCUCUUGGUUGGCAGGUUUCUUGGUAAUUUUUCCUCCAUUAGCCAUGGGCUUAGAGCUAGAAUUCUGUGACUCCAAUAUCAUUGACCACUUUACCUGCGACUCUGCCCCUCUGCUGCAGAUCUCCUGCUCAGACACAAGCACAUUAGAGCUCAUGAGCUUUAUUCUAGCUUUGCUCACCAAUGUGGCUACAUUGGUGCUAAUAAUUCUCUCCUACUCCUACAUUCUCAGAACAAUCCUGAAAAUCCCCUCAACCAAACAAAGGAAAAAGGCCUUCUCCACCUGUUCCUCACAUAUGAUUGUGGUCUCUAUGUCCUAUGGAAGCUGCAUCUUCAUGUAUGUGAAGCCAUCAGCAAAGGAAGGGGUUGCUUUGACAAAAGGGGUGGCUAUCCUCAACACAUCUGUUGCUCCUAUGCUGAACCCAUUCAUUUACACUUUGAGGAACCAGCAGGUGAAACAAGCAUUCAAUGAUGCCGUGAGAAAAAUAUUUGCCUCAAGAAUGUUGACCUCAGCAUAA